CACACGUCCACGCGCGAUGCUCGUCUCGCUCACAGUCGGCAAGGUCGACGCCGGUGUCGCGGUGCUCCUGACCGAAGACAAGCGGCUCAUCGAGUUCCCCUCCAUUCUCCUGCCGCCGGACAUUUCCUCGGGCAGUAUCGUCGAUAUCGAUGUGGCGCGCAACGUCAAGGCGGAGAACGACGCGGCCAAGGCCUUCCACGCGCUGCAGUCGGACAUCUUCCGCACCUUCGGCCAGAGCACGCCCUCGGCACCCGUCCUGCGCUGUCGCAAUGCCACCCAGACGUCGGUUGUGCUCGAGUGGGACCCCAUCGAUGUCGCGACGGCCGAGCUGCGCAGCCUCACGCUCUACCGUAACGGCAACAAGGCGGGCACCAUCCCCAACCCGCGCGAUGUCCACAGCACCAAGCUCAGCGGCCUGGGCGUCGACAUCGAGUACACGUUCCACCUGGUCCUCAAGACGAGCGCGGGCACCUUUAGCAGCGAGAAGCUCGCCGUCCAGACGCACAAGAUGACGGACCUGUCGGGCAUCACAAUCACCCCCGGCCACAUGCCCUCGGCCCUCCGCGAGUCGCUGCAGCGCUCCGUCGAGCGCAUUGGCGCCAAGAUCGCCGACACGGUGCGCAUCGAUACGACACACUUCGUCUGCACCGAGGGGCGGGGGCAGGCGUGGGAGAAGGCCGUCGAGAACAACAUCCCUGUCGUGGUCCCCGACUGGGUCAUUGGCUGCGAGAGGGACGGCAGGAUCGUGGGCGUCAGGGGCUACUAUCUGAACGCCGACCCGCGGUUACGCCAAGUCGGUCAGGCGUCAGCACCGCAGCAGCAGCAGCAGCCACAGCAGCCACAGCAGCCACAGCAGCCACAGCAGCCACAGCAGCCAGCACCCCAACAAGCACAGCCGCAACCACCACACCCCGGGAGCCCGAUCCUGAGCCCGCGCACAGAAGUCACACCGCCCACACCCGAGCGACCGACACGAGACCGCGAACCACACAGCCCAGCGCCUCCGCCGCCACCAAAGGACGACGCCAGCGACCGAAGUGUAUCUCCUGCGCCCGAGCCAAAGACACAACUAGAGCAAGACGAGCAGAAGGCCAAGCCUGAAGAUCUGCGACCGCAAGCCGGCAAAGCGUCGGAGGAAGAGGUGGAUUCAGAGGAUGAGCAGCCGCCAGAGGGUGACGUGAAGGGGCUCGAGGCAGGCCUGCCGAGCAGGCAAAAGGCCACGGUUGAAGACGAUGAGGAAGGAGAUGACGGCGCAAGCUUCCAGGAGGUGGCAUUGUGAGCGUCGGCAGUCACGACUACGGCCGAAAUAGGCGGGAGUUUGCAUGCGUGCAAGCGAUCAUGAACGAGCAAGCAACGACAUCCAAGAUUACCACAACCUCGUCGUCCAGAUCCCCACCGCUGUGCAUUUGCGACAUUGAUAUUGAUUAGCUGUCUUGUGCUACUGACUUUAGUGUAGAUGAGCCGGAAUUUCAACCACUCAGAAUCCGCCGUGUACGACCAGAGCGAGUAGUAUACUUCCUCAUACUAUCCUGGACGACUCCUGGCGCAAAGCCAACAGGCGCUCCAUUCCCGACUAGCUAUUUUGGUCCGCUAGCGUACUAGGUGUUCUCUGAUUGGCUACGAGACGGCAUGGACGUUCCUUCGGUAUGAAAAGCGGGUCAGGAACCACAUUUGUACCUCGCCUUCCAACGUCAAUUAGAAAACACAGUGAGCCGAGCAUCGCUCACCCC